AUGUCUGAAUUAAAAUUUUGUACAGAGAUUUUAGAAUCAUGCAUCGAUAAAUUGGCAGAUAUCGAUGGUUCUUAUACUAGUCGAGAUUCAGCAUCAAUAUCAUCAAAACAUAAUAAACUCCAAAAUUCUCAAGAUUCCACAAACAGAACUAGACCAGAUUUUACUGUGCAAAAUUAUUCGAAUUAUGAAAUAUUCACUUUAGAG